AUGGAGCACAUGCAGGUCCCCGUGGUGCAGACGACGACGAAGACCGUCGUCUCUGCGCCCAGGAGCUUUGUCCCCGGGCCACCGGCACAGGCGCGUGCGCACACCGCCGUGGUGCAGACCGCGACGAAAACCAUCGUGUCUGCACCGAGGCCAGCUCCCACCGGUUUGGUGGGUCCGAAUUUCGAGGUGCCCCUGCAGAAGGGGGUCGAGAAGCUCUCGCCUGGAGAGGUGUGUGAACUCCUCCAGAAAGGACAGUGCUGUCUUAUCGACGUGCGUGGGGAUGAUCGAGCCUCUGGCUACAUCGAGGGCGCGGUGCACGAACCCACCAGUUUCCAAGCACCCCUUUUGAACCGGGUGCCGGAGCUGGUGAAAAAGUUCGGCAAUGAGAAGCUGGUGAUUUUCCAUUGCCAGUACUCGCUGCACCGUGGCCCGCAGUCUGCGAACUGGUACCGCCAGCAGGCACCUCCGACGCAGCGCGUGGCCGUCCUCGAGGGAGGCUUCCGCGGCUGGGAAGGACAGCGUCUUCCGGUCGUCCGCGAGAAACUCAUGGAUGCCCAUGGGCAGGCGAAGGCAGACGUCUAUGCGCUCUCGAUGGGAAGGCGUGUGGCAGGUGCUGGAGCGUGA